AUGCUGGCAAAACACUCAAAACCGCUCUCACAGAUCCCUCCAGUCAACGCUGCCGCAGGCCGCUCGGCAGAUUCUGCAGCUCCUCGCACCUUCACCGACUGCGCCACAACGCGCGGUUCUCCAUCGCCUUACGGCCUGCCUCGUAGCCAGCAACCCGCCUCGCCCUUCACAGACGCCGAGUUCGCCAUCAUCGAGACCCUGAGAAGCCAGCCGAUGCCGGACACACCGACCCCCCUCUCGCGACACUCCCUGGCCUCCUUCGCCAGACCCCUGAAGCCCAUCGCCUCGCUGAAAAACACAUCGCUCGCCCACCAUUCGUGCUCCGAGAAGGCCGCUGGCCCGCAGCCUCCCUCGAAGGCCCCCGCGGCAGUGGCAUCGAAGGAAAACGCCUACCGCCCCGUCACAAGUAUCCCCUGCCAGGACCCCGGAUCCAGAUACAGACCCGGCCGCAUCAUGCGCAGCUGCGAGGAGCGGCCCCCCCCGGACUGCCGCCCGGGCUUGGCCCAGGCUGGCUCUGCAGACGAAAUGAUCACCGGGCCCAUCAUCAGCAGCGCGUUGGGCGGCGCUAAGGGAACGACGAUGGAGGCUCUGGCCCGCGAGGCCGUCUGCGUCGCCAUGGGUCCACGGUUCCUGGAGCCGAAGACGCCUCUGGGUCCCAGAGACAUGCAACUGCGAAACAUGCUGCGAGAGAAGCGAUCGACCGGCCAGGGCCGCCAGACCUACCGCGUCGGCUUCAGCCCCGGCACGGCGGGCCGCUUGACCGAAGGCCUGGUGUCUCGCGUAAUUACGGAGUCGCCAGAUAAUAAAGACAUUGCCCUGCGCCAACGGGCGGCGCAGGAGACACCUGGUAAGGUGCCGCUUGAGAAGGGAGCCGAUCUAAAGACGCAGAUGGACUACUUUCUCUACUUCAACGCUCCCACGGUAGGCACACCUCACCCCUCAGCUUCUGCCACCAUAUGUAGAGACGAGCUCUGA